AUGACGUUUUUCAAAAGACUCACAGAGUUCCUCUUCUUCACCCCUGAAUUCGCCGCCCAGGGCAGACUGGCAACACAGCUAUUAGUGGAGGAAUCUAGCGGCCUGUCUUUCGCCGGGUCUUGUAACACCGCUAACAAUCGCGAAUGUUGGUCUGAGGGAUUCAACAUCACCACUGAUUACGAAAAGCAUGUGCCUGAUGGAGUAGAGAGAGAGUUCUACUUGGAGGUAGACAAUCAUGAGAUUGCUCCUGAUGGAUACCUGGUUCAACGCAUGUUGUUCAAUGGGACUUAUCCUGGUCCUACGCUUGAGGGGAAUUGGGGAGAUACUUUUAAAAUCACAAUCAAGAACAAGCUGAAGAAUCACAAUGGAACAUCUGUCCAUUGGCAUGGCAUUCAUCAGCGCAACUCGAACUGGAGGGACGGAGUAUCGGGCGUGACAGAAUGCCCAAUCCCGCCCGGGGAAGAGAAAACAUACGUCUGGCGAGCCACUCAAUACGGAACUUCAUGGUAUCACAGCCACUUUAGUCUUCAAUAUGCGGAUGGACUCGUGGGUGCGUUGAAGAUUAAUGGGCCAACGAGCAUGAAUUACAACGAAGAUCUUGGUCCCGUACUAAUAACUGACAAUUUCCACAAAACUGCAUUCUCUCAGGUGCAACUCGAAUACAUGGGUCGACCUCCUGCUCCCGAUAGUAUGUUAAUGAACGGUAAUGGUAGAUACUACUGCUGCCCAGUUGGUGCGGGCUGUAACUCAGACCCGAAGUGCGUUGGCGGAUCCAACAUUACGACAUUUAACUUCAAGCGAGGGAGUUCCUACAAGAUGAGCCUUGUCAAUACCGGCACCUCGACCCACACGACUUUCUGGAUUGAUCAUCACAAUUUCACGGUUGUGGGCACGGACUUUGUCCCGAUCGAACCAUACACAGCAUCCAUCAUCAACAUUGCCAUCGGCCAGCGUUACGACAUUAUCAUCAACGCCAAUGCAAGCAAGAAUACCCGGACGGACUUCUGGAUCCAUGCGCGUGACUGUCAGGUCGGGGGUGCCCGAUCGAAUCUUGGCAUUAUCCGCUAUGAUCCCACUUCAACCAGACUACCUUGGACGCCCCCGGUAGACGACCGUCACGUUUGUUAUGGCUGCCUCGAUGAAUCUCCCAAAGACCUGAAACCGAAAGUUCCACGGAUGGUGAAGAAUGCAGCUAAUGAAGGCUUCGAAAAGGAUUCGUUGAAGGUGCACCUGGUCGGAUUCCCCAACGACUUUGAUCCAGAUGCAACACUUCAUAAGUGGGUUCUUAAAGACUCUUCGCUUUAUUUAGACUGGUCGCAGCCCAGUCUGAGCCUCGUCAAAAUUGCCUCUGAUCAAGGCUGGGAGAAUCCCAAAUUCCCCAAAGGCUAUGAGCCUGUGGAUCUUCAGUCCUACAAGGAGAACAGCUGGGUGUACUUCCUCAUCGAGGGAAAAUUCCAAGAGUCUGUCGACAAUGCGACUCACAAAAUCUAUAAAACGCAAGCACCAGUGGCACAUCCUAUGCACAUACAUGGACACGAUUUCGUUAUCCUCGAUUCUGGAACCACCGAGUUCGAUCCAAAGAACUACACCAUUAACCGCAAUAACCCGCCCCGGCGUGACGUAGCACUACUUCCAGUCAAUGGGUAUCUAAUCAUUGCUUUCCAAAUCGAUAACCCCGGUGUCUGGUUGAUGCACUGUCACAUUGCCUGGCAUGCAAGCGGCGGUCUUGCUUUGCAAGGGUUAGGGUUAGGGUUAGGGUUAGAUGUGAUUGGAUUCCACGGGAGGAGAUAA